CUCCCCAUUUCCUCCACAAUCACAAACCCACAAAUACACAUAUCAUCAAUCAAGAAUGGUCAAGUCAGGAAACAAGAAGAUCAACAUCCCAUGUUCAAGUACAACACCAGCAGCAGCAGCUACUGCUAAUUCAUCGAAAUCUCAAUGCAAGAACAAGUACAAGGGAGUGAGAAUGAGGAGCUGGGGGUCAUGGGUUUCUGAGAUACGGGCACCCAAUCAGAAAACAAGAAUCUGGCUAGGCUCUUAUUCUACUCCUGAAGCAGCUGCUCGAGCUUACGAUGCUGCACUUUUAUGCCUCAAGGGCUCUUCAGCCAAUCUCAAUUUCCCACUCAACUCUACCCACAAUAAUCCAAACCCUGAUAACGCCAUCAUGUCCCCUAAAUCCAUCCAAAGAGUUGCAGCAGCAGCAGCAGCAGCAGCCAAUGCCGAUCAAGACUCCGCUCAUUUCAUCAACCCACACUCGCCCUUGCUUUCUGCUACCUCUUCUUCUAGCAACACUUGGUCGUCGACGUCGUCGCCAUCGCUCUCGUCAUCGUCGCCUAAUAGUGAUUCCAACAUCCACAACAUCGACGACGAUCGUAUCUCAUUGGCCGCACCUGCUGCCGAUGAUUACAAGGUACAUGAUAAUCAACUGGAUGAGCCGAGUGUGUUUGCUAUGUCCUCAUGGUACAACUUCGAUUCCCCCAAGUACACUGAAAUGCUCAAUGGGGUGUUCUUUGAUCCUACGAUGAUGGAGGACUACUCUUACGAAGACACCGAUAUUCGUCUCUGGAGCUUCUGCUGAUCGAUCUAUCCAUCGAGAUUAUUUACAAUGUCCGAAUUAUUUCUAUAAUUAUUAUUUGUUUAUUCAUUGGAUGAUCUUCAGUUUAUUUCUUGAAGACAUUGCUGACAUAGACAGACAGGUUUUAAUUACUUCAAUUGAUGUUAUUUAUACUUGUAAGGAUUUCACAGGAGAAGAACAUAUUUUCUGGGCUCUCCCAAGUGAAUUAAUCCUGUAUAUUUAAUUUGUAUUAAUUACAUUCCAUGUCACACACAUACUAUGUGACAUUGAUUUACUUUUUUGUAUAAUUUAAUGUUUUAAUUCUCUGAAAA